AUGCGGGCUAGUGACUUCUUUCAUCCCCCACUUCUAAGAGCAGCCACUGAAGAUGGAGAAGAACGAGAACCCACCCCAACCCAAAGCAAACAAGAAUGGCAAAGUCUAGCCCAAAAAUUCCUAACUCCUGCCUCCCAUCUUGAGACCACUAUCUAUCGUGAAGCCGAACUAGAACUAGCUCGAAAAGAACUAAUCACCCAGGGUAUCAUUCGCGAAGAGAAGAUCGAAAGAAAGACUUACACCUCUACUUCCACCAAAACUCUCAAACCCGCCCUUCUUAAUUCCAUGGCCGAUCGACUCCAAACCAUUCUCCAAGAAAUCAACCGCCUAGAAGACCAAGAAGAUCAAAAACGAACAACCAUCAACCAACUAAAAGGCCAGGAGUACAUCAAACGCAAAAACAACACUUUAAUCAUUCACAUUCUUGAUAAGUUAUUCCUACCCAUCAGCACGAUCACUAAAGGUCUUAAUGAAUCAUUUAUAGUCUGUACACUCUUUUAUAACGGUCUAGCCCAUAUUGGGUACAUAACAGAAAAAGAAGUACUUGCUUUUGAUUCAACUAAUACUUCAGCUCUAGCCACGGCCAUUCAAGCCUUUCGCGAUCGCGCCAACUCAACGGCAAUUCUCCAAGAAUACUUCGGCCAAAAAGAAAGAGCUACCAUCCAACGCGUCUCAGAAAAACCAACCACUCAAAGUCAACUUAGUCUUUUUCUUAUCUGUGCUUUGAAAUUAGGCUAUAGCUUUAGUGAAGCCAUAUCUCUGAUCCAACAACGCGACCAGAAUUUUUCAUGA